AUGUCCAAGGCCAGCUCAGGGCCAGACCAGAACCAGGACCAUGACCAUUGGCAGGACCAGGGUCAUGACAAGAGACAGGGCCAGAGCCAAGGCAGGGCCAGUUGUUGCGACCCUCCUACCUCUCUGGCACGCUUCAGCGAGGCAAGCUGCAGUGUUGCAACCUUCAGUGUAUGGCAGGUGUCUUCUCCUCCUCCUGGCACGGAGCAGCUGGGCAGACAAAGCCAGAAGAGCCUAGAGGAAGAUGCAAAGGGUGGUAGCAUCACAGCCUCGCGUUGUCAUGUGAGCCACUGGGUGGCAGAGGCCAGUUUCAGCAAAGGCACUCACACCCAGCCUCCAAAGUCCAGCCUCUCCUUUUGGCCCAAGCUAGCCAGGAACUGGGGCCUAAGGUGGGUGCUGGAGACACCACAGAGCCCAGCUCCCCACUCCACAGGAGCCGCUGGGCCCACCGGGGCUGCACUCCUUGUUGAGCAGGAGCAGCAGAAACUCAGAGAUCAAGCCAACCCUCUGCAUCCAGGUGCCAAUUCCCGUUCUGGACGCCUCCACGCACAGGGCCCUGUUCCCUGUGGUGUCUGCUACUCCAUACCCAGAGGCACUGCAGCCCCAGAGAGCACCCAUAACCCACUCCCCGCCAUGGGCAGCACCGCCCCAUAUAGUGCUACCAACAGUGCUGCAGUCUCUGUCGCCGCCACCACCAACCACAGUGAGGCGAGCCGCUGCGCCACAGGCUCUAGCCUCCAGCUGCCAGGCACGGAGCGGCUCUUGCUGACGGCCGCCUCCUACCACUUCAACCACGCUGCUGUCUCCAUGGCCAUCUUCUUUGACUACAAAGGAAUAAAACUAGAUAUAAGUAAGAGAGCCAGUGCGCCGCCGCUCGCCCAGCAGGCCCCGGCCGGCAGCUUGGAGCCGCCCGGACGCCGGCGGGGCCGCGCGCAGCCGCCGCUGCUGCUGCCGCUCUCGCUGUUAACGCUGCUCGCGCUGCUGGGAGGCUGCGGCGGCGGCGGCGCCGCGGCACUGCCCGCCUGCUGCAAGCACGAUGGGCGGCCCCGAGGGGCUGGCAGGGCGGCGGGCGCCGCGGAGGGCAAGGUGGUGUGCAGCAUCCUGGAGCUCGCGCAGGUCCUGCCCCCAGAUACUCUGCCCAACCGCACGGUCACCCUGAUUCUGAGUAACAAUAAGAUAUCCGAGCUGCAGAAUGGCUCAUUUUCUGGGUUAAGUCUCCUUGAAAGAUUGGACCCAAACAAUCUUAUUAGUCGUAUAGAUCCAGGUGCCUUUUGGGGACUGUCAUCUCUAAAAAGAUUGGAUCUGACAAACAAUCGAAUAGGAUGUCUGAAUGCAAACAUAUUUCGAGGACUCACCAAUCUGGCUCGGCUAAACCUUUCGGGGAAUUUGUUUUCUUCAUUAUCUCAAGGAACUUUUGAUUAUCUUGCCUCAUUACGGUCUUUGGAAUUCCAGACUGAGUAUCUUUUGUGUGACUGUAACCUACUGUGGAUGCAUCGCUGGGUAAAGGAGAGGAACAUCACGGUACGGGAUACCAGGUGUGUUUAUCCUAAGUCACUGCAGGCCCAACCAGUCACAGGCGUGAAGCAGGAGCUGUUGACAUGCGACCCUCCGCUUGAAUUGCCGUCUUUCUACAUGACUCCAUCUCAUCGCCAAGUUGUGUUUGAAGGAGACAGCCUUCCUUUCCAGUGCAUGGCUUCAUAUAUUGAUCAGGACAUGCAAGUGUUGCGGUAUCAGGAUGGGAGAAUAGUUGAAACCGAUGAAUCGCAAGGUACUUUUGUUGAAAAGAACAUGAUUCACAACUGCUCCUUGAUUGCAAGUGCCCUAACCGUUUCUAAUAAUCAGGCUGGAUCUACUGGAAAUUGGGGCUGUCAUGUCCAGACCAAACGUGGGAAUAAUACGAGGACUGUGGAUAUUGUGGUAUUAGAGAGUUCUGCACAGUACUGUCCUCCAGAGAGGGUGGUAAACAACAAAGGUGAUUUCAGAUGGCCCAGAACAUUGGCGGGCAUUACUGCAUAUCUGCAGUGUACGCAGAACACCCAUGGCAGUGGGAUAUAUCCCAGAAACCCACAGGAUGAGAGAAAAGCUUGGCUCAGAUGUGAUAGAGGCGGCUUUUGGGCAGAUGAUGAUUAUUCUCGCUGUCAGUAUGCAAAUGAUGUCACUAGAGUUCUUUAUAUGUUUAAUCAGAUGCCCCUCAAUCUUACCAAUGCCGUGGCAACAGCUGUACAGUUACUGGCUUACACUGUGGAAGCAGCCAACUUUUCUGACAAAAUGGAUGUUAUAUUUGUGGCGGAAAUGAUUGAAAAAUUUGGAAGAUUUACCAAAGAGGAAAAAUCAAAAGAGGAACCUAGAUGGAGACUGCAGAGUGGAUGGAACGGUAGGAGGCAGCUGGCAGUGAGAGAUGCUCCAUGCCUGGCUACAGGAAGGGAAGAAGGAGGAGUCACUCGCCACAGGCUGGAGGCUGGAAGCUGGAGGCUGGAGCCUGCGGCACCACUGCUCACCUCGCUGUGGUUGAUGGCAAAGACCGAGACUGCAGCCAGCCAGAGCGUAGAAGGGCAACAGGGCUUUUCUGGCUUUGCCUGCCUAGCUGCUCUGUGCCAGGAAGAGGAGGGUCACCUGUUGCACACUGGAGGCUGGAGCCUGCAGACGGCCUACGGCUGCCGCUUGCCUUGCUGCAUUUGGUGGCUGCUAUGGAGACUGCAGCAUGCGGUAGGAGGACAGCUGGCUGUGGCCAUGGCAGGGGCAGUGCUGCGGCAGUGGUCAAGAUGAAACCCUGAAACCUGAAGCUGAAUCACUCAGUGUAACUUUAACAGAAUCAUCACCACAGCAGUUUGGGUGACUCAGAAAGUUCACCAGAGCACAAUCCUCCAAGCGCCGGGAAGUAACAGGACUGCGAUGCUGUGGCUGCCAUCCUCAUUCCGCUAUGUAAGGAUCCUUGGAGACCAAUAUCUAGAAAUCUGAACUAAUGGCCCUGUGAACUUAGAAACAGGAUCUAUAGUCAGCACCAAUGGUUAAUCUUUGUAUUUCCUUUGUAUCCAUAGAAAUGCCCUCAUUCAAUGCCUGAUUGCUUGCACACAUAAAGACCCACCUUUGGGGGUGCCCCACCCCCACCUGCACCACCACCUCCUGAAAUGAGACACAGCUGUUUAACUGGACUGAGAUAUUCCCAGGGCAGAGAGACUGGUUUAAUGGGAACAAUCAAAUAACUUCGCUUCUGGAAUGUGACACAUCAUAGAGAAGUUUCAGACAGGGAAAUGAAGGAGCCUAAAUGAUGCCACUCCACAAUAUGCCAUUGUGGCAUAAGGAUUAUUUUGAGCUGAAGGUAAUGGAGGAUCCACACGUGCUGAAAGAGUUCUCUGUCUUCUCCUUUUCUGCCUGAAAUCAGAUCAUAAAUGCCUUCUUGUGAAGGUGGCAUAAAGUACCCUGUGAAGGUGUCCCCCUCGCCCCCACCAAGAACAGAGUGGCUCUUAUCACCGGAGUUAGCACCAAGAUGAGUCCACAUAAACCAGCCUUUCUGAAAUAGCCUUGUCUUCCAUCACCUUCCCCAAAUACUCCCCAGUCACUUCCCAGUGCCUUGUCCUCCCUCAAGGUCAAAUACUCUUUUCUUUGUUAAAGUUAUCAGCCCCUGAGUCUCACUGCUUCUUUGAGUUCCACUUCUUUUCUGUGAAUUCCUAUGCACAUAAACAUUAAUAAAAAUUGUAUACUUUUUCUCUUAUUAAUCUUUAUUUUCAGUGUAAUUUGCAGGUCCCCAUUAACUGAACCUAAGAGGGUGGAGGAAACAUUUUUCCUCACCAGCAAUAUAUCUCUCACUUAAUCCUUAACCUAUGAAUAGGUACCAUGAUUAUCUUUAUUUCACUGAUGAUGCCACUGAGGCACAGAUAAUGUAAAAAUCCUGUCCAAGGUCUCUCAUAGCUAGUAACUGAUGUAGUUGGGACAUAUUAAAUAAAUGAUGACUGGCAUGUUCAGUCGAGUUAAAUUAAGAUUUUUCUGAGUGUUCUGGGAAGAUUUGGAAAAUAAAGCCAUGGCCCCGUUCUUCAAAUAUUUAUUUAAUUGGCAGUACUUGUUACCAACACAAAAUUGCACACGUCAGUGUUCAGAAGCAUAACUCAGAUUCCAUCUUAUACUUAGCCAAACCUGAUUAAAUGGUUUCCCAAAGUUACUGUUGUAGCCAUACAAAGACAAAAACAACCUCUUGUCAAAUCAGAAGAGCCACAGAAAACAAGAGAGUACCUCAAAGUCAACCAGUGACUGCUGAAAAACAUCUAUCCAGAAAAAAGAAAAAGAAAAAAAAACAGGCAUGGCUUUGGGAAGAAGACAUGAAUUUGAGAUCUAGCAUGAGGAAGUAUGGAGAGGGAAACUGGUCUAAAAUACUGUUACAUUAUAAAUUCACCACUGGCCAAGUGUCAUGUGAAAAGACAGAUGAAGGACUGUGAAGAAAUUAAAACUGAUUGGCUCAGACAGUGAAGACUGAAUGUGUUUGUAAAAGCUUCAUACAUGGACAGUUAAAUAUGUUGAUCACGGCAUUUUGUUUGUAACUUGCUGGUCAUUGAUGUUUCUUAAAACUGUUGUUUAAGGCAUUACAGGUAUUUUUCUGCAACAGUCAAUAUGAGGAUUUGUACUACAAGAGAUAAAAUAUAUGCUAUCAUUGUUUUUUGUUUGUUUGUUUUUUGAGAUGGAGUUUUGCUCUUGUUACCCAGGCUGUAGUCCAAUGGCGCAAUCUCAGCUCCUGCAGCCUUGGCCUCCUGGGUUCAAGAGGCUCUCCUGACUCACGCUCCUGAGUAGCUGGGACUACAGGCGUCUGCCACCACACCUGGCUAAUUUUUGUAUUUGCAGUAGAGAUGGGGUUUCACUAUGUUGGCCAGCCUGGUCUUGAACUCCUGACCUCAGGUGAUUCGCCUGCCUCGGCCUCCCAAAGUGUUGGGAUUACAAGUGUGAGCCACCGUGCCGGCCUAUCAAUGUAUUCUUUAAGCAUCUUUUUAUUUUGAUAAAAUGUAAAUUUGUUUAACCCUGCUGCAUGCAAUAACUCAGCCCCCAAAUCCUGUUUCAAUUUAAAAAACAAAAACAAAAAACACCCUCUUGUCAAAAACUUGAUUAAACUCUGGGUGAACUAGUUUUCUCACUUUUUUUCUUAUCAGGCUUAAAUUUUUAUUGCAUAUCCUUACUUUAGCCAUGGACUGAGUUGGUAUUUUUUGGUUAUGCACUCACAGCACGGCACAAUGCAUGGAAUAACGGCAUGUGUUCCGUCACAGUCCCCGCUGUCCUGUGCCCCUGCCAUCGCGGAUACAGCCGAGCCCCACGGUUAAGCUCCUCCCGACCCAGGGACAAAUGGCCUCGCCCAAGGGCGCAGGACGAGUCCCAGCCCAAGCCAUUCUGCAGGGCCCUGACCAGAGGGCGUCUGCGGCCUCGCGUGCUGCGCAGUUCUUCCGCUCGGACAGCAGGGGGCGCGCUGCCCUUGGCAAAGAAAGCCUCCGCGCCCAGCGACCAGCACCCAGCGCCCGCCUAUACCGCCGCGCGGGCCGGUACCGGGUCAGGGCGGCGCGGAGCGGUGGGUUGCAGAGACAACCCCAAGUGGUGGCUGGUCCCGGAGAGUCUGUUCCCGUUGUGCUGUCGCCUCGCAGCCCAGGGCUCCCGAGAGUGAGGAGAAAGCUCAGGCUCCCAGGGCGGGCCCGCUUGGUCCCGGGAACUCGGGAGUCACCGCCGUCAGUGUUACCGGGUCCGAGAGCGCGGGUCGUUGGAGCGCAGUGUGGCCGCCGCGUGGGGACGUCUUGGGGGAGGUGAUGGCGACGCUGGGGGGCGACCCGGGGCACCGCGUGGUCCCAGACAGCUGCGCCCAGCAGGGCAGACGGGCGCCCCAGCCCCUCAGUCCAGCCCG